CUUCCCCACACUGAGGGUAAAGAUGGCGCCCACUCACGUCCUGAGAUGCUGUCAGCGGACUUUAGCAUGGAUUCCUGUCAUCUUCAUCGCCGCGGUGGUCUGCUGGUCCUACUACGCCUACGUGGUGGAGCUUUGUCUCUACACCAUCAUCAGUAUAGGAGAGAAGAUCGUCUACAUGAUCUUCUUCCACCUCUUCUUCAUCAUGUUCGUAUGGUCGUACUGGAAGACCAUCUACAUCCAGCCUGCGAACCCCUCCAAAGAGUUCUGUUUGCCCAAAGUGGAGAAGGAGCGAUACGAGAAGGAGGAGAGGCCGGAGAAUCAGCAGGAGAUUUUAUGGAGAGCUGCCACUAGUCUGCCUCUGUACACCCGCACAGGAGCUGGAGGUGUGUCAAUCCGUUACUGCGACCGCUGUCAAGUCAUCAAACCUGACCGCUGCCACCACUGCUCCGCCUGCGACAUGUGUGUGCUGAAGAUGGACCACCAUUGUCCCUGGGUGAACAACUGUGUCGGAUUCUCCAACUACAAGUUUUUCAUCCUCUUCCUGGCUUACUCGCUGCUGUACUGUUUGUUCAUCGCAGCCACCGUGCUGCAGUAUUUCAUCAAGUUCUGGACACUUUGCCGGAGGAAAUCGGUAGAGAACUGCCCAAAGAAUGAGCUGAAAGACACUCACGCCAAAUUCCAUGUCUUGUUUCUCUUUUUUGUGGCGGCCAUGUUCUGCAUCAGCAUUCUGUCUCUCUUCAGCUACCACCUGUGGCUCGUAGGGAAGAACAGAUCCACUAUAGAGGCGUUCAGAGCCCCGGUGUUCAGGGCCGGCUCCGAUAAGAACGGCUUCUCUCUGGGCUUCCGGAAGAAUAUUGCUCAGGUGUUUGGAGACCAGAAGAAGUUCUGGCUGCUGCCCGUCUGCACCAGUCAGGGAGACGGCCUGACGUUCCCCACCCGGCUGGUCAGCGCUGACGUGGAGCAGCAGGCCACCGUCACCCUGCAGCAGGAGCCCAGCAAGAGUGCUGCUGAAGUCCCUGAGAGUCCUGUGAGCGAGUCUCAGAACCGCCUCCUGAGCAGCGAGCAGAACGCCAACAACGUCGCAGAGCAUCAGGAGACAAACACACCAGCUGAAAGUGAAACCAUCACAAUCUCCAUCGAGAGCGAGUCCUAACGAGGAGAACAUCCUCACUCAUCCUAAUUCAAUGCCUUAAGCAACGCAACAGUUCAGUUUGUCAACAUGGCAACGGUCUCCCAGAGCAACCGCAUCCACAUACCAUACAGUAACCAUGGAGAUGCAUCAUUUUCACCCAACUGUGAAGCAUCUAUUCUACGGCAUUGGCAUUUUUUCGCAUGCUAAUCUCACACCUACCUAACCCCGGAGGACAGCAUUGUUCCCUCUCACACACACACACACACACUGACUGACACACACACACACACACACACACACACACACACACACACACACACACACAG